ACAUAGGAUAUACAGCCCAGAAGCAGGCCAUUUGGCCCAACCAGUACAUGCUGGUGACCAGCAGAAUAGCUCGUGUGGAAGGGGAAAAACUGACAUGGAUUAGUUGGGACAAAUUUUUAUGUUGCCAUCUGUAGCUAUGGCUGGGAUGAGCUGUGCCUGAACGUGUGGUGCAGCCUGGCUGGGAUGGUGCUCCUGAGGAGGCUGGUACCCAACUGAAGGGAAUGUUGCGGUGGGCAGUGCAUCUGGAAGGAGGUCCACGGAGAGUGAACCACGCUGCUGUGGCUGUGGGACAUAGAGUCUACUCGUUUGGUGGAUACUGUUCUGGGGAGGAUUACGAGACCCUGCGGCAGAUUGAUGUGCACGUUUUUAACGCAGUUUCGCUUCGCUGGAUGAAGCUCCCACCCUUUCGCUCAGAGAGGAGAGACCUUUCCCCUCAGGUACCAUACAUGAGGUACGGACACACAGCGGUGCUCGUCGAUGACACCAUCUACAUCUGGGGUGGGAGGAACGACACUGAGGGGGCGUGCAACGUGCUGUACGCGUUUGACGUCAACACCCACAACUGGUCCACUCCCAAGGUUCACGGCUCAAUUCCUGGUGCCCGGGAUGGACACUCUGCCUGCGCUCUGGGGAAGUGCAUGUUUAUCUUUGGAGGAUACGAGCAGCUGGCUGACUGCUUCUCCAAUGACAUCCAUCGUCUCGAUGCUAUGACAAUGACAUGGACCCUGGUCAAUGCAAAGGGUAACCCAGCGCGAUGGCGAGACUUCCAUUCAGCCACGGUGAUGGGCAGCCGGAUGUACGUGUUUGGGGGCCGGGCAGAUCGCUUUGGCCCGUUUCAUUCCAACAAUGAGAUCUACUGUAAUCGUAUCAAAGUGUUUGACACAGAGACCAAUCACUGGCUGGACUCUCCCACCACACAGCUCCUCCCCGAAGGCAGGAGGAGCCACUCAGCGUUUACCUACAACAGUGAACUGUACAUAUUUGGUGGUUACAAUGCAAGACUAGACCGGCACUUUAAUGACUUGUGGAAAUACAAUCCUGAGUCCUCGACAUGGAGGAAGGUUGAGCCAAAGGGCAAGGGGCCUUGUCCUCGACGGAGACAGUGCUGCUGUAUGGUUGGGGACAAAAUUAUCCUCUUUGGAGGUACCAGCCCAUGCCCAGAACAAGGAAUGGGAGACGAGUUUAACCUGAUGGAUCACUCAGACCUGUACAUCUUGGACUUCAGUCCAAGUCUGAAGACCUUAUGCAAACUGGCCGUGAUUCAGUACAGCUUGGAUCAAUCUGCGCUUCCUCAUGACAUCAGGUGGGAGCUCACAGCUAUGACAACAAACAGCAACAUCAGUCGUCCAAUCUUCUCCUCUCAUGGUUAAACAGGUUCCUCUCUCUUUUCCUUUUGACUGGAAACAGCUCUCUGACACUUCCCCUUGGUGUGUGUGAGGGCUCAGGAGGAGGGACAGACUGUGCAAACUUCACCUUGACACCAAACACGAUGGGAAAAACCGCCCAGCACCCUUCUCAAAUCAGAAUCUGUUUGGAAGUUUGCAGCCAUGUUUAUUUGCAGCGGCGAUUGAGUGAUCUUUCUGAAAUAUAUUUUUUGAUGUAUCGGCAGGAGAAGGUGUUUUCUCACUGCCUCGUGUUGCGGGUGUUUGAACACAGAACUUGCAUUUGGAUGCUUUUACCAGAAGGUGCUCUGACGAAUAUACCUCAUGCUAGCUGUUCGCUGCUUUCCCAGAGACUCCCUGUGCUGAGGAAAGAGCUGUGCCUUUUGUUACAAAGGAACAGCCACGACCUUGGUCCUGGUGCCAGGGGAAGCAUCAAAACUAAAAAUGGAAGACAUGCAACUGCUUCGAGAGGGGACACCCUCAAAUUCCCCCUCCGCCUACCCCUCCAGGUUUACCUGCGUUUGAGUCACUGACCUGAAGGCUUCAAUACAAACGGGAUGCAGGGAUGGUGACCGGGCCCCGUCACCAAGCUGCAGUUUGCUGUUUGGCCUUCAUGGGGGGGUUAUCCUGAGGCAGGAAAUUACCAGGUUGGAAGCCUGCGCACGGCCAGCAUGCCUUGGGGAGGUCACACGUGAACUGCCGGCAAGGGUUAAUGUCUGAGAGACCCCUGUAUGAGACCUCCCCACCCUCGGAGUGAUGCAGGGGGCGAGAGGGCCGUUAGAACCUCCUCAGUAGCUGAUGUAUCGAUGUACGAGAUGCUGUGACGGACCCACAUAGCUCUCUCCGACUUCACCUAUUCCUUCAUUCCCCUGCUGUAGUGCAGGGUGCUGUAUUGUUUUUCUCCCUCCUCCUGGAGGGGACAGUAUCACAUCUGUCCCACAGUUUUGGGAAUGCGAAUGAUGGGGUCUGCCCUGGAGUGGCAAACCCAAAACACAGUAUUGGCCAGUGACUUCACAGCCAAGUACAGUGCAGUGCUGCCUGAGUGUUUACUGCUAAGUAGCAGGAGCCCCGGUUACUUUACCCUGUCUGUAACCCAGGGAUCGGGAGCAGGAACCCUGGUUACUUUACCCUCUAACCCAGGGAUCGGGAGCAGGAACCCUGGUUAGUUUACUCUCUCUCUAACCCAGGGAUCGGGAGCAGGAACCCUGGUUAG